AUGACUCCCGACGACGCUUGGUUUCCCGAGUCGGAUCCUCCGUCGCCGCGCUGUGUCGAUGGCUACUUUCCUCCGCAACCUGAGCCUCAGAUGGCUGUUGACAACGAGACGCUUCUCAGGUUGAUUGAACAGCUCGAAGCCGAUCGGAAGGCAUAUCUCGCGACUUUCGAAAAGGUUCAUGACACACUGACUCAGGCCCUCCAACCUCAGUCUCAUGUUAGACCAGGCUCGGUGCCCACUAUCACGACACUCCCGCUUGUCUCUUCGCCCAAUGCGUCGCAUUUACACGCUCCCGCCCAGUGGCCGUCCCCAAAGAUAGCCCCCAGCACAUCCAGUCGUCGGACGGCUACGAGCAAUUAUGUUCUCGAACAAGUGCACCACCUCAACCCGCACGUGCCCAAGGAGUCCAUCUUGACCGGGGAGGGUAGUUCUGACAGCGAAGAUGACGAAUCGUUCUUUGCCCAAGAAACCCUUCCGCCUCGAGAGUUUACAGAGGCAGAUCUGAUCGAACACUUAAAGACACAUCCUUGGGACAUUUACAGCAAAUACAUACUCCAGGAUCUUCUGCGAAACAUUAGCCUACUUUCCAAUGGGAUAUUCCUCAAGGACCGGCAUCAUCAAACAGACGCCAACCAUCAACACGCAGACAUAUACCAUGUUGGCUCAGACGGCGCCCCUCUGCGGUUUAGCAGGGGUGACUCGGACGAGGGACCCCUAACCACUUGGGAAGCACUCAAAAGCACGAAUUGCGACGGGAACAGGAAACAAGCGGUGGGGCGCAUUAUUGUCGUCAGGGAACCCCCCUCGAGCCUGUUCGCUGCGUUACACCUUACCAUGCAGGAAUAUUUUGAUAUGGACUCUAUCUAUCGAAUGCUCAUAGACGACUACACCCAAACCAAGGCAAUCACAAAAGGUUACCUGGAAAAGGAUGACCGUCGACAGAGAUCGAUUGUGUUUGUUUUCAAAUAUCACACCGUCAUAGGAGAGGGAAGGUCUCCACUCCCAUGGCAGAACCACGACGACGAUUUGGAGCCACAGGAAGGACACAUACCGUUGUCGAGUUGCUCUUCGGUAGUCGCUCUGUCAUUAGCCGGCCGACCAAGUCAUACUCUGCGGCGGAACUCGCGUAAGAGAAAAUCCAUCGUCGGACACAUCUACGAUCCGUUCUCUCCUUGGCAUGUGCUGUCCAUACAAUGCUUUCCCGACUGGAAUUCUAGCGUUGAUGUCCACGAACACAACCAUCACUAUGUCAAUGGCCCGGAUGCAUUUCUUGCCACGCUGCUCGCCGAGUAUCGGGACGCCGUUAAGAGAUUCAAAGAGGUUCAUUCAAGCCUCCAGCUUCUGGCAACCCCACCCAACAAAUCGAUCUUUGACAGUGCUUUGCGCGACGAACUUCUGUUCGAGAACGACCAAUAUACUUACUCGCGGAGGUAUUUCUGGGCGUCUCAAACGCUGGGUUUGAUGAGCAAUGAGAUCAAGGCCAUGAUUGCAGCAUAUAAGGAGACCUUCACUGACGAAGUCUGGUCUGGCGAGCACAAAACGCUGUUUCCCGGGACCCGAGAUCAAUCUUCACGCUAUAGCAACUGGAGGAGGAAGUUGCAGCACACGCGAAGGCAAUUCGAAAAAGAGAUAGCCCAGCUUGAGGAUGUGUUGAGAACCUUUCAGCAGCAGCAGAAAGAAAUUCGUGGUCUUCGAGAAUGGCUCUUCAGCGGUACUUCCGUCCUCGAAAGUCGGGAGGCUGUGAGUAUGGCCAAGAUCACCGUCGAUCAAGGUUACAAUAUCCGGAUCUUGACGCUGGUCACGUUGUUUUUUCUUCCUCUCACGUUUGUGACCUCGAUAUUCGGAAUGACCAACAUGCCUCCCGAGGACAGUUUUGUCCCAUUUGCGGCCACAACGGUUGGAAUUUGCGUGCCGACAUACCUGCUUAUUCUAGGUGUCAACAACCGUGAAUGGUUGCAAGCGAUGUUGACUGGAUUGGGCCUUAUGUUUACCAAGCUCACAUCGCGCGCCGCGCCGAAGAAGUCCGAAAAGCUAAAGGAGAAAAUCCUGGAACGACGAUUACCUCAUCCGACGGAGAGGAGACCUAUCAUCCAGAAAGCUGCGACUUAUGCCAGUCUGGAGGGUCGAUUGUCGUAUGACCUGAGUGCAGAAACCUCUGUUCGCGGUUCACAAGGCUUUCUGCAGGACACCACCAGGCGCAUGUCGCAGACAAUCAGUAACCACUUGCCUGGCGCAGCUAGACGUGCUUCACAAGCUGCUAUGCAAGAAGACAUGUCAGCGAAAUUGCCGACAUACUCGGAGGACGGUGGCCAGCCCGGUCGUCCACGUCAACGAUCCAGUACGAUAAAGUUCGAGGAGCCAUUGUAUAGCCCCACGAGAUGGCGGACAGCGGAAUCGGAGCAGGACCCGCGGACCAGAUCAACAACAUGGCAGACAGAAGCAUCGAAUGGUAUGAUGCAACGGGAUAUGGACAAAUCAACCGCCAAUCCUUCCCCCAUAUCACCUGGCACGACUCCUCCCAUCUCUGCCGCCUCUAAUGGAGCGCCACCCGUCUGGGCCGGUGGACCUGGUCCCGGCCUUACCGUCCGUGCUGACCCAAGGGACGGCCGCGGGCGUAGUGUGAGUCCAGGAGAUACUGGUGGCGUGUCAUUCCUAAGACGCUUCACUGAACGAUUCCCGCAGUUGCAACUGCAGUCGUCUGCGCGCACGUCGAGUUCGGGUAGCCUGGGUCCCGAGGAGUCAGUAUAG